AAAAAGAGGAUCCCAAAGGAGCAAGGGGGAGGGACAGCGACGUCCUCCUCCCUCCUCUGGCUCUGGGGCUGGGGCUCCGCCCAAUUCCAAUAUCAGCAGCCGCGGCAGGCAGGAGGGAUCAGCAGCAGAGCAGCGGAGAAAAGAGCUCGCCUUUUUUUUUUCUUUUAUAUACCAACCGGCCUCCCUCCCCGCGCGCCCUCCCCUCCUCGCGCUCCCUUUCGGAAUCGGAAGGCGAUUGCACAAGGCUGCGCUGCGGGCGCGCCGCCCCGACCGGACAAGGAAGGGGAGGGGGGAGAGAAAAAAAAUAUAGAGUUAGUCACACGCAGCGCACAGGAGGGGGAGGAGAGGGAUUGUCUGAGAGAUAAAGAGAUUUCGGGAGACAAGGAGAGAGGGACAGAGAUGGAGAGGAGCAGGCGGUCUCGGAGGCAGGCCUUUCACCCCCGCGCCCGGAUAACGAUGUGCUAGUUCCUUCCUCUUAGGUUAAGCUGUGCAGGUAGUAGCUGCGGGAGGAGUUCGCGACCGGGAUCCCGCCGACGAUGAUGACAGUGGCGCCGCCGGCAUGGGCAUAGCGGCGCCACCAUCUCAGCCGGGCCAGACCACCACGUACGUGAGCCAACCCACCAAGAGCAGCGCAGCGAUCUCCGGCCGCCCGGCCACCGCGAGUUCUAUGUCCCACUCCCAGGGAUUCCACCAGGGCAGCAGCGGCGUCUUCGGCUACUCCUCCGAUGGCUUCGACCGCCCGGACUCCAGCCAGGACCACCCGCAGCAGCACGUGGCGCAGCAGAGCCGCCGCGACAAGCUGAGGGUGCAGGGGUUCGACCCGGCAGCCGCCGCCGGGCACGGCCUGCUCCCCAUCGAUGGCGACGAGCACGCCGAGCCAGGGGCCAUGUACGAGCACGCGGCCGCCGCCGCGGGCGCAUCCAACAUGCUCUCCGAGAUGUUCAACUUCCCCGCGCCGCCGUCGGGGCCCUCCGCCACCGAGCUGCUGGCCAGCCAGAUGAACGCCAAUUACCGCUUCGGGCUGCGGCAGGGGCCCGGAGGGGUGGGCGGCUUGUCCGGCGACGGCGGUUGGUUUGGGGCCGGCGCGGCGGGCCGUGCUGGCUUGGUCCUCGGUGGGGCCAACAUGGGGUCGUUAGGUGAAACGUCCUCCCCGAAGCAGCAAGGCAGCAUGGCUGGCCUGGCCACCGACCCGGCCGCCGCGAUGCAGCUCUUCUUGAUGAACCCGCAGCAGUCGAGAUCGUCGCCGACGUCGCCGCAGCCGUCGGACGUCCAGCAACACCACGAGGCGUUCCAGGCAUUCGGCGGCGCGGCGGCCCCGUUCGGCGGCGGCGGCGGGGCCGGCGGCGUCGUGGAAGGGCAGGGCCUGUCCCUCUCGCUGUCGCCGUCGCUGCAGCAGCUGGAGAUGGCGAAGCAGGCCGAGGAGCUAAGGGUCCGGGACGGCGUGCUCUACUUCAACCGGCAGCAGCAGGGCCCGUCGGUGCAGCAGCAGCAGCAGCUGCCGAUGGCAUUGCACGGCCAGGUGGGCGCGCUGGGGCAGCAGCUGCACGUGGGCUACGGCCCCGCCGGCGUCGCGGGCGUGCUGCGCAACUCCAAGUACACCCGCGCGGCGCAGGAGCUCCUGGAGGAGUUCUGCAGCGUGGGGCGCGGGCAGAUCAAGGGCGGCGCGCGCAGCGGGCGCGGGGCCUCGGCGUCCAACCCUAGCGCGGGCAAGGGCGGCGGCGGCGCCUCCAGCUCCGGCGCCGCGCAGUCCCCGUCGUCGGCGUCCAAGGAGCCCCCGCAGCUGUCCCCCGCCGACCGGUUCGAGCACCAGCGCAAGAAGGCCAAGCUCAUCUCCAUGCUCGACGAGGUGGACCGUCGGUACAACCACUACUGCGACCAGAUGCAGAUGGUGGUGAACUUCUUCGACUCGGUGAUGGGGUUCGGCGCGGCGACCCCGUACACGGCGCUGGCGCAGAAGGCCAUGUCCCGGCACUUCCGGUGCCUCAAGGACGCCAUCGCGUCGCAGCUGCGGCACACCUGCGAGCUGCUGGGCGAGAAGGACGCCGGCACCAGCUCGGGGCUCACCAAGGGGGAGACCCCGCGGCUGCGCGCCAUCGACCAGAGCCUCCGCCAGCAGCGCGCCUUCCACCACAUGGGCAUGAUGGAGCAGGAGGCGUGGCGCCCCCAGCGCGGCCUCCCCGAGCGCUCCGUCAACAUCCUACGAUCCUGGCUCUUCGAGCACUUCCUACACCCGUACCCGAGCGACGCCGAUAAGCACCUGCUGGCGAGGCAGACGGGGCUGUCCAGGAACCAGGUCUCCAACUGGUUCAUCAACGCCCGUGUCCGGCUAUGGAAGCCCAUGAUCGAGGAGAUGUACCAGCAGGAGUGCCGGGAGCUCGAGGGCUCCUCGGCCGGCGGCGGAGGGCCCGAGUCCGGCAACGACCCCUCGGGCGCCGACGACACGCACUCCCCGACCACCACCGGCGCAGUAGCGGUGCAACAGCUCUCGCAGCAGCAGCAGCAGCAGCACGGCACGGCGGCGCCCGGCAUGAUGCCGCACAAGCCCGACCCGGGCGCCGCGGGUCCCUCGGCGGCGGACGCGGCCUUCGUCGGGAUCGACCCGGUGGAGCUCCUUGGCGGCGACGCGCACGUGGGCGGCGGCGCGGACGACCUCUACGGGCGGUUCGAGCCCGGGGUGAGGAUGCGGUACGGGCCCGGCGCGACCGGCGCCGCCGCCGGCGACGUGUCGCUGACGCUGGGCUUGCAGCACGCCGGCGCCGGCAACGCGGGCCCCGACGGCACCGACCGGUUCUCCUUGAGAGACUAUAGCGGUUGUUGAUGCUUACACAUCGCUACAUCACCUUUCAUGGCUCAUGCAUGCGCGCAUCUAUCGUGCAUUUGGAACAGUACUGAGGAAAGAUCAAGAGAGAGAGAGAGAACAGUAACCAGGAGAGAGGGGGGGAGGGGGGGAGGGAACUAGACAGAGAGAUCUAGAUGAGCAUCUAGAAAGAGAAAAUUUGCAUGGUGCCUGGAGGUGAUGCGUGGGAUGGGAUAUAUGAAUAUGAGAUCAUUCACAAACCUCCUCCUCCGAUCCUUCUUCGCCUUCUUCCGAGAUGAUUCUUAAUUUACUUAGCUAGCAGAUUAAUUCCUUUUGUUAGGCAUUAUUGUUGGGGGGGUUAAGGAUAAUUAAUUAAUUUGUAUACAGCAAAGGAAGAUAGGAAGUGUAUAAUUGUUUAGUCACACUUUUUGGUUCUCUGUUUUGCAUCUGCCCGUUUUUGGUUCUGGUGUACAAUUUUUUUUCCUCUUGUACUCAUUUGUUUCUUUCCCUCGCUGUAACUAAACAUAAGAGAAACACAUACAUGCAUACGUAUAAAUACAUAUAUUGGCAAAUAUUGGGAUA